GAUAAAUAGGUUAUGUUGCAGGGCGUAACAGACGCGUUGAAUGUAACAUGGAGCAUAAUUUUAGAGUGGAGUCGUCUACAAGUUAUGUCACGGCAUUAAAAGACGAGCUCGUCACCGAAGAGAUUAGACAAAGUCUACAUUGCAUGACGUGAUUGUCAUUGUUGUCGACGAUAAAAAGAAAUCUUUCGGCCGACGUUGAGCGAGCGAGCGAGCGAGCAUGUGGGUAUUUGGUUAUGGUUCUUUGAUAUGGAAAGCAGAUUUUCCAUAUGAGAAAAAGCUCAUCGGUUACAUCAAGGGAUAUAUCAGGCGUUUUUAUCAAAAGAGUACUGAUCACAGAGGCGUGCCCAAUAGGCCUGGACGUGUGGUGACGUUGCUUGCCUCUACUAAUCCCGACGAUCAAGUAUGGGGAAUCGCUUACAAGAUAUCUUCCGAAAAUAUAGAAAAUGUAGUGAAUCAUUUGGAUUUCCGAGAGAAAGGUGGCUACAUAAAAAAAACCGUCCUCUUCUAUCCCUGUGAUUUUUCCAAGUCUACCCAAAGUGAUUCAAAUACCAACGUGUCUUUGAAUGAUCUCUCGAGGAUGACUUUUUCAACAGCAUCGCUUUCAACUGUAUUGGACGAAGCUCCAUUCUACCUCACUAUUUAUAUAGGUGAAGAAGAUAAUCCAAAUUUUGCUGGAAUGGAGAACAUAGAUAUCAUUGCGAGACAUAUAAUUGUUUCACGUGGCAUUAGUGGAUCUAAUAUAGAGUAUCUCUAUAAAUUGGCAUCUGCGAUGCGCACGAUAGCCCCUGGUGUGCAGGAUGAACAUCUGUUUGCUUUAGAAAGAGCUGUAAAAGAAUUGGAGCAGCAGAGAGAAGAAUCAUUGAAAUUUGAUCAAUUUUCAUAA